AUGUCUACACUCGAACAAGCUAGUGCCAGUCCAAUGCCAAACGGCAUUACUGAUCCUAACUACCGUCCUCUACCAGGGCGGGUUGGAAACCUCACCGUCCCACAACAACAUGCCCUUCAGACCUUAAAGAAUCAGCUCCUCGAUGAAGGCCAUUUCGUCGAGGAAAGAAUGGAUGACCCGAUGCUGCUACGAUUUCUGAGGGCGCGCAAAUUCGAUGUCCCAAAGGCAAAAGCGAUGUUGCUAGCUGCUGAGCAGUGGAGACGGGAUAUGAAAGUAGAUGAUAUCGUGCGGACCUUUGAAUUCACCGAGAAAAUGCAGGUCGAUCAAUACUAUCCUCAGUACUACCAUAAAAUGGACAAGGACGGCAGACCGGUAUACAUCGAGCGACUCGGCAAGCUCAAUGUCCCAGCGCUGUACGGCAUCACGACAAAGGAGCGGUUACUCCAGCGUCUCAUCCUCGAGUACGAGAAAUUCCUCACAGAUCGUCUCCCAGCAUGCUCUGCAGCUGUCGGUCACCCCGUCGAGACGGUCUGCACCAUCCUUGAUCUAAAAGGCGUUUCCCUCUCUUCCUUUUACCAAGUCAGAGACUACGUGAACGAGGCUUCGAAGAUCGGACAGGACCGAUAUCCGGAAUGUAUGGGCAAGUUUUACAUCAUCAAUGCGCCGUGGGGCUUCUCUGCUGUGUGGUCGUUGAUCAAACCUUGGCUGGAUGAAGUGACUGUGUCGAAGAUAGAAAUUCUUGGGAGUUCAUACCAACCGAAGUUGUUACAAGACAUUCGUGCAGAGGAUCUUCCUGCAGAUCUGGGUGGCAAGUGCAAAUGUGCAGGCGGGUGCUCGCUGAGCGAUACAGGACCAUGGAACCCGGAUGAGAAGACAGGGAAUGGUGUUGCUUAG